UGGCCCAUUAUAACAAUUUGACUGAUGUCAGUGGUAUUUUCAAAUCGUUGACCAUCAUCGGGCGAUAAAUCGAAUUUAAUUUGACGAAAUGGCCGCUCAAGCCGCCGCUAUGCCGAAAACGGCUCAAAAAUUCAAAAAUAUCAUUCCGCUAUUCAAUAGGAUUUUGGUAAAGAGGGCGGAACCGCCGAAGGAGUCCAAAGGGGGUAUCGUGUUGCCCGACGUAAAAUCGGCUAAGUGUCUUAAGGGGACAGUAUUGGCAGUUGGUCCGGGUACUAGGAACGAAAAAGGAGUGUUAAUCCCGAUGACAGUAAAAGUUGGGGAUGAAGUGAUGCUCCCCGAUUAUGGCGGAACCAAAGUCGAGUUCGAGGAACAGACCUAUUUUCUCUUUAGGGAGUCGGAAAUUUUGGCCAAAUACAACGAGUAAAGGCUUUUAUUUGCUGUUUUAUGUAAAAUAAACUCAUUCUUUUGGA